CAGGAUUUUGAAGGCCAAAAGAAAGCUGAGUGGUUUUUUCAAAUCAUCAUUGUGCUUUUUAGUAUUGUUGGAUUUAUCUGGGGAUACAUAUGUCAGCAGUUCUCUCAAACCUUCUACAUUGUCAUGGCAGGAUUUGUUCUCUCUUGCUUGUUGACAUUACCACCAUGGCCGAUGUAUCGUCGCAAUCCUUUAAAGUGGCAACCAGUG